AUGUCAAUCAAUAGAAUUAAAGAAAAUAUAAAUAAUAAAUCAAAAUUUGAACAAGAAGAUGAUAUUGAUGGUAUUCCAAUUAAUAAAGUAGCGAUAUUACCAUUUGGGAUGAGCGAAAAAAAGUUGGCACCAAGUACCAUGAGUAAAGUUACCAACGAAAAGAUAAAAGAUUUAACAAGUAAUACAUCAUCACAAUUAAAGUCUCAACUUCAAUCACAAAAAAGAAAAGACGAAUCAGAUUCAAAAUUAAAAAAAGAAAAUUCAGAGAUUAAUAAAGUUUAUAAUGAUUUCCUUAGUGAACAUGAAAAUAAACCAACUGAUACUCCAAAAUUUGUAAAAGGUGGUACUUUUAUAUUAUCAGAUGAUAUAAAUGAUGAUGAUGAUAAUAAUAAUAAUAAUAAUAAUAAUAAUAACAAUGAAACUUCAAAUCAACCACCAAAAGAAUUAAAUAGAGAUACAAAAGAUCAUCGUUGUGGUAAUGAUAGAGAUCGUGAUAGUGGAUCGUGAUAGUAGAGAUAGUUAUAGAGAUAGGGAUAGGGAUCGUGAUAGUAGAGAUAGAGAUCGUGAUAGAGAUUACCGUGGUGAUAGGGAUAGGGAUAGAGAUAGAGAAAGAGAUCGUGACAGAGAUAGAGAAAGAGAUCGUGAUAGAGAAAGAGAUCGUGGUGAUAGAGACAGAGACAGAGACAGAGACAGAGAAAGAGAAAGAGAUAGAGACAGAGACAGAGAAAGAGAUAGAGAUAGAGAAAGAGAUAGAGAUAGAGACAGAGAAAGAGAGAGAGAUCGUGAUAGAGACUACAGAGAUAGAGAUAGAGAUUAUAGAGAUAGAGAUAGAGACAGAGACAGAGACAGAGACAGAGACAGAGAUAGGGACAGGGAUAGAGAUAGAUAUUCAUCCUCAUCAUCAUCAGCAGCAACAAUACCAUCAUCAACAACAACAACAAAUACAAAUAAUGAGGCACUACCACCACCUUCAUCAUCAUCUUCAUCAUCUAAAAAGAAAGCACCAAGAACAAUUGACACAUUAAAGGAUGAAUUUAAACAAAUUCAAGAAGAAAGAGAAAAAGACAAAAAAUCAACAACAUCAUCAUCAUCAACAUCAUUGUCAUCAUCAUCAGUUGAAGAGGAAACAGAUGAAGAAUAUUAUACAACAUUAUUUUUGGGUACAUUAUCAGUUGAAUCGAAUGAACAAGUUAUUGAUGAAUUGUUUUCAACCUAUGGUAUUAUUAAUUCAAUUAAAAUCAUUACACCAAAGAAUGAAGAUGAUCGAAAACGUGGUAUAAACUAUUGUGCAAUUGUAACCUAUCAAUUCCCAAGAGAUGCCCAUAAUGCAAUGAAAGAUUUAACAGGUAAAAAAUUAUUAGGUCGUGAAUUAAGAAUUGGUUGGGCUAAAAUUCAAGUUAAACAACCAAGAAAUAAUGAAAUUAAUAAUUUUAAUAAUUACAAUAAUAAUAAUAAUUUUUUUAAUAACUCACAUGGAAUGGGUAAUAAAAAUAAUAAUGGUCCAAUUAAAAUUCAAGUUCAAAUACCUCAAAAUUUAUUUAUAAAGAGUAUUAUUGAUAAUUUAGCAUAUUAUGUAUCGAAAGAGGGUUAUCCAUUUGAAAAGUUAAUACAAGAAAGAGAAUAUUCAAAUAUGAAUUUUCAAUUUCUAUUCGAUCAUCAAUCUGAUGAUUAUUAUUAUUAUAGUUGGAAAGUUUACUCGUUAAUUAAUGGUGAUACUAAAACUAAUUGGAAAUUAAAACCAAUUGAAAUGAUUAAAGAUUAUUUAAUAUUUAUACCACCAACAAUUGAUGAUCAACAGCUACAACAACAACAACAACAACAACAACAACCACAUAUACAAAAUCCAUCAACUAUAGCAUCCAAUAGUAAUAUUCAACAACAACCACUUCCAAUUUCAUUACGUGUAAAAUUUGAAGAAUAUGUAAAGAAUUUAACAGCACAACGUGAAAAAGUUUGUGAGUUAAUGGUAAUGUCAAUUGAUAAUUCAGAUUAUAGUUCAGAUAUUGUUGAUAUUAUAGUUGGUUCAUUCUUUGAUUCAAUUAGUAAUUUAAAUGGAAAAGAAAGUAUAAACUCAAAGAUUUCAAAACUUUAUUUAAUAUCUGAUAUAUUACACAAUUGUACAGUAAAUGUUAAAAAUGUUUCUUCUUAUCGUGGUUUAUUUGAAAAUAAGUUGGCAUUGGUAUUCCAAAAUUUAAGUUCAACAUAUAGAUCUAUUGGUGGAAGAGUUUCAGCUCAAAAUUUUAAAGAAAAAAUAACAAAAGUAUUAAAUAGUUGGGAUAAAUCAUCAUUAUAUUCAAAAUCAUUUUUAUUAGGAUUAAGAUUCACUUUUUCAAUUUAUGUUAAACCAACAACAACAGCAACAACAACAACAACAACACAAAAUCAAAAUAUUGAAGAGGAUGAUGAUAUUGAUGGUAUUCCAAUUAAUAGUGUUAAAAAUGAUGAAAAUACUAAAAAUAAAAUAUCAAUGUCAACUCAACAAAUUGAUUUAUAUUGUAAAAAUAAUGGAUUGGUUAAAUGUGAUACCAUUGAAGAUACAAUGGAUAAAAUCGAUCAGUUUAAAAAGUGUUUGGCUCAAGAAUCAGAGAAAGAGGAUAAAUUGCUAGCACAUCAAUUAUCAAAAGAUAUUUUGGAUUCAAUAGAAGAUGAAAUUGAAACUUAUAAAAAGAAAUUAUCAAUUAGUUCAAAUAAUGACUCCUCCUUCUCUCAAGAAAAGGAAAUUUUAAUAAAUGAAUAUAGAGCCACUUUAAUAAAAGCUGCUGCUUCUCAAAAAAUAUCAUCACUCAAAAGAGAUUUUGAAGUUGGAAAUAAUAUUAAUAAUUCCAAUCGACAAACUAAACAACAAAGAUAUCAAUAA